UGUCACACCACCACAGUGACGUGGCGACGUAAACGUAAACUUCAAACGACGUUCGCGUGAUAACUGAUAACACUUCGUUGGUCCUUCUUCCUUCUUUCGAAUUAAUUUCUUGCGGAAACUGCUGGCUCUCUGUCGUGUCGAUCUCGGUCCAGCGAGCGUCGAGGAUGGAACGAAAUUUGGUGAAAACGUUGGACGACACGUAUGACAAGGAAGGUGUUAUUGGCUGCAUCUUGGCCGACCACGCUGGUCUCUGUCUAGCAGUUAAAGGUGACGCAUCGAGCGACAGUGCUGGUUUGGUAGCAGCCAUAGCGGAUCUAGUCGCGAAACUGGAGCCAAAAUCCGGAUCGCCGAUUAUAUCGCUUCAAAAUGAUAAUAGGCAGUGUAUUAUACUUCGUCAGGAACCUGUAGUUGGUGCUAUAUAUAAAGAUUUAUCGACUUGAGAUAAUCACUGUUGUAUACACGGCUAAAACUUAUUUAUAUGCAAAAUGCGAUGUCUUUUCUACAAAAAUAUUUUAUCAUUUAGGUAUUAAGUGUAUCCAAGUUGUUAAUAAAAGAAAACAUUUUAAUGUGCAAGAAUGGCUUUCAACGUGUAGGAAUUUAUAAGCAAUCUCAACUAGUUGUAGAAAAAAUAACUGUUUAUACAUGAUAUUAUAACAUUUUACAAGAUCUUACAAUGAAUCUGUAGUUGAUUUAUAUCAUAAAUCAUAAAUAAAAUAAUUGACAAAAAAAUAA